AUGGACACAAAACCCCUCGCAAGAAUGGAUACCAAAACAUCGGACUCGGGUACCUCCAAGCAACCUGCUGUCUACAGUGAUGUCGACCAUGCUCCCGUCACCUCGGUGCUCCCAGAGGGCGACGUGCCCUACACUGACCAUGAGAUGAGCGCCGACGAGCGGGUGAUCAUGGUGCUGGGGUAUAAACAGGAGUUCCGGCGCGAGUUCUCGUUAUGGUCGACUUUCUGUGUCAGUUUUGCCGUUUUAGGGCUCUUGUCAUCAUUUGCAAGCACGUUGUAUUACGUUGAAGGAAUGGGGUAUGCAGGAACCGCGGGAAUGGUCUGGGGCUGGAUCAUUACCUUGGCCUUUAUCCAGUACGUUGCUAUGUCAAUGGCAGGGCUGUGUUCGGCCAUGCCCACCAGUGGCGGACUCUACUAUGCGCCAGCGAUCACGGCAGCACCGUCGGUCGACUACUCACUGGCCGCGAUGAUCCUAGCCGCUGGGUCGAUCAACAACCCAAAUUAUGUACCUACGAGCUGGCAAACAUUCCUCCUGACGGCGCUGAUCAUGAUCAUCCACACGGGCAUCAGCAGUCUGCCAACGAAACGGGUCACGCAGUUCAACUCAUACGGAUCAACAUUCAACUUCCUCGCACUGGUGACGACGCUCAUCGCGAUCCCCGUGGGAACCAAGAACAGCCCCGAAGUUCACGUCGUCGCACGAGGUCUGGAGCCACAUCACACCAACCUGACAGACUUCCCCGACGGCGUGGCCGUGCUGAUGACCUUUCUAGUGGUGGCAUACACAGUGGUAGCCAUCGAGGCUGUAAUCGACUCAGAUCUGGGCCAGCCAUGGGCAUCAUAUCUACUCCAGGUUCUGCCAGCGCGCACAGCAAUGGCCAUCCUCGCGCUGACCAUCCUCUGUGGCUUCUCUAUGGGCCAGGGCUGCAUGGUAGCCGCAUCACGCGUGACAUACGCCCGCGCACGCGACGACUGCUUCCCACUCUCGCGACUCUGGAAACAAGUGCACCUGCGCACCGCGACGCCCGUAAACGCCGUGAUCCUCAACGCCGUCCUCGGCAUUCUGAUGUGUCUCCUGAUCCUAGCAGGCGACGUCGCCAUCGGCGCGCUGUUCUCGAUCGGAUCCAUCACGCAAUUCGUCGCGUUUAGCAUCCCCAUCGCUGGUCCCAAGGUCAAUGUGGAGCAUGCUAUUCAUGCGGUGGAGCAAGAGGCUGUCAUCAGUAAGGGUGUGGAGCCUGUUGAUGAUCGAGGUGAUGCGCCUGCAGUGUUGGGCAAGUCAGAUAAUGCCUUGUCAUAG